AUGAAAUUAUAUAAACUUGUCGUACUUGGGGAUAGAGAUACAGGCAAGACCAGUCUCGCAAUUCAGACGUAUGAUCCAACUAUUGAAGAUUCAAAUCGAAAAAUAGCUGUCAUUGAUGACCAACCAUGUGUGUUAGAGAUACUGGAUACUGCUGGGCAAGAGGAAUAUACGGCUUUACGUGAUCAGUGGAUUCAAAGUGGGGAUGGUUUCCUUCUUGUUUAUUCUAUAUCUUCUCGUUCGACAUUUGAUCGGGUGGAACGAUAUAGGGAUCAAAUUACCAGGAUUAAGGGCACCGAUUGGGUUCCACUUAUGCUCGUCGGUAACAAUUGUCAUAUCAUUACAGGUCGCGAGGUUUCAAAAGAUGAAGGAAUGAAUUUGGCAAGGAAAUUCAAUUGUGGAUUUAUCGAAAGUUCGGGUAAAACCUGUGUAAACGUUGAAAGUGCAUUUUACGGCGUAGUUAGAAUGAUACGUGGGAGUCAUGAAAAAAACAGAUCAAGCAGAGCCAUUAAUUGUAUAAAUAGAAUUAGAAACCAAAUAUUUUCAUGUAAUUAG